AUGUCAGACCAAAAAUUAUUGUUCAUUGCCCUGCUUGGCCUGAUGCUAACAGUGGCCUGGAGUUUGCCGAGUCAAUCCCUGAAUACGACGGCAACCACAUCGUCGACAAGGAGGCAGCUCAUCAAGGAUUUCGUGGCCAAAGUUCAGGAAUUGAUAAGCAUAUUAAUGAAGCAGUUGCUAAGUCUUCCAGCCACGAAAUAGGAUUAAUAUUUAUCAAAUUAAAAUUUAAAAACUUGUCUUCA